UACGAGAUCGAUCUUCUUUCAAUUUCAACCAUAGAGUAUAUAGACUACAAUUAUUUUGGUGACAGUUUUAGAUUAAGACUUUUAAUUUUGUUUUAUAAAUAGUAAGUUGUAAUCGAUAGGUAUAUUGAAUAAAAUGGAAUAUUGAGUUGUGGUUUAAGAGUCGUGUGGCUUGUGCGAUUCCAUCCCCACUUCUCUCUUGUCUCUUCUUCUUCUUCCCAGUGAUACUUCCCCCUUCUUCUCAUCCUCUUGUUCCGCUAUUUCUCUUGCCCUUCAGGGAUUCCCUUUACUUCUGAUGCCCUAUUCUGGUGCAAAUUCUGGGUUUUGUAAGACAUACAUCAGUCUCAAACUAUGGGGCUUGAAUACCUACCUUGGGGUUAUAUUAUCAGUGGAAUCUGAGACCUAAAGUUGGGUAUGUGGAUGCAUUGCAGAACCGUUCCAGAUCAAGUUUCUCCUUCCCUCCGCCAGUACCAAGUUUCAGCAUCCUUUUUUCGUUGAUAUUUGCUUUUUUUUAGCUAGGUUGUGCGUUGCUUUCUAUAGCUCUCGGGGUGAGUAAACUUCUCCCAAUAUUUCAAAUUGAUUGGGUUGGUGUUGAGGGAGAUUUCCCCUCAAAGGAAUUCUAUUUUUCCGCCAUAGGUCUCGGCUGAAGGUCAGGGACGACUUUGCCUUCCCACAGUUCGUGUUUCUUUUUUAUUUUAAACCUAAUUUCCCAUAUUACCCUCCCCUUGUGUCAUUAGACCCCUCUUAUCCUUAUUUGGUUCCUGUAUGUUAUCUUAAUCCUAAUCCCAUUGGUGAACAAGGAGGAAGAAACAGUGUAAGGAGGACGAAACAGUGUGGAUCUGCGUCAGUACUAAUGUUCAAAGGCAACAACCUCACCUCCAGGAUUUUCGAGCGUCAAAUUCGCACGCCUCCUCCCGGCACCAGUGUAUGGGUUGUCUUAUUUGUUGUCCCCUCCUUUUUGAGGCUUAUAUGUAGGUGAUGCAUCAUCCCAGUUGCUUUUGCCUACCGUUUGAUGGAUAUAUCGGUUUAUUUACUGGCUGGGUUCAUCAUAUAUUAAUAUGCAGGUUUAUUCUGCCAGGCAAUUCUAUGAAAAUUUAGUCCCAAGUUGUACUGUAUAUGAUAUUGAAUGCCCAGAUCUUUCUUUCCGCAAGUUUACCGAUGAUGGUCAGUACCUCAUAAGUUUCAGCAGGAAUCAUCAAGAUCUGAUUGUCUAUAGACCAACAUGGUUGUCAUUCUCAUGCAAAGAAGAUGGUUGUGAUUCUUGUGAUCUACCCUCAAAAGCAAAGAGAUUUGAGAGCUUCUUCACUCAAUUGUACUGUGUGUCACUUGCAUCCAGCAAUGAGCUUAUCUGCAAAGACUUCUUUCUGUAUGUGGAGAGUAAUAAGUUUGGAUUGUUUGCAACUUCCACUGCACAAAUUCAUGAUGCACCUGCUAUUGGAGGAGCUAUUCAGGGAAUUCCAUCUAUAGAAAAGAUAACUUUUCACCUUGUGAGAAUGGAAGAUGGGGUCAUACUGGAUGAGAAGGUAUUCUGCAAUGAUUUUGUGAAUUUGGCCCAUAGCAUGGGUGUUUUCUUAUAUGAUGAUCUACUGGCUAUUGUGUCCCUUCGGUAUCAAACAGUACAUAUUCUCCAAAUCCGGGAUUCUGGGAACUUUGUAGAUGUGCGAGUUAUUGGGACAUUUUGCCGAGAAGAUGAUGAACUUUUUCUUAAUUCCAAUGCUCAGUGCAUGUUGGCAAAUCAAAUAGAAAAUGGUACUCAACAUCACUGGCAUAUACCAGGAACUUUCUUUGUGAGUGGCAUCAAGCAGCGGUUGCUUUCAUUUAUUUUCCGUGGAAUAUGGAAUGAGGAAAAGGAUCAUACAAUGAGGGUCCAAUGUCUGAAGAAGAAGUUCUACUUCCAUUUCCAAGAUUAUGUUGACUUGAUCAUUUCGAAGGUACAGUUUUUGGACCGGCAUCAUCUGCUAAUCAAGUUUGGUAGUGUAGAGGGUGCGGUUUCUCGAAGUACUGAUCAGCAUCCUGCAUUUUUUGCUGUAUAUAAUAUGGAGACAACUGAGAUAAUUGCAUUUUAUCAGAAUUCAGCCGAUGAACUUUACUACUAUUUUGAAUGGUACUGUGACCACUUUCAUGUGGCAUCAGGAAACUUGUUAUACAUGAACUUCAUAUCAUCUCACUCCAACAACAUCCAUGCUCUUGAGCAACUCAGAAAUGUGAAAAGUAAAGCUAGUAGCUUCUCUCAGUUUGUGAAGAAGAUGCUGGCCUCCUUGCCUUUCAGUUGCCAGUCGCUAAGUCCUUCUCCCUAUUUUGACCAAUCACUUUUCCGAUAUGAUGAAAAGUUGAUUUCUGCAACCGACCGACAUAGACAUUCCACGGACCAUCCUAUCAAGUUCAUUUCGAGGAGGCAUUCAAAUUCUCUGAAGUUCAAGAUAAAACCAGGUCCAGAAGCUGGUGGUGCAGAUGGUCGGGCGAAGAAAAUAUCUUCAUUUCUCUUCCACCCAAUCUUGCCCCUUGCUCUUUCGAUCCAACAAACAUUCUUGCAGCCUUCUGUUGUGAAUAUUCACUUCCGCAGAUAGGAUAUUCGUUUUCUCUGAGUUCUCAAAUUUUAGAACCCUUUAGAGAGAAAUUAAAGGAACCUGGUAUAUAUCUCAGGAGUCGCUGCUUGUCAUUUUCAGUUUGAAGUGGAAGUACUUCAUACAUUAUUUUCUUUCGUCCUCACUACACAUAUUCUUUGAGCUUGUUGUAAGAGAUGAAGUUGCGGUGAAAGUUUUGUUCUUUUUGUAAUACAUGCCGACAAACCUUUGAAGACUACUUUUAAGCCUUUCUCCUCUGGUGCAUUUAUCAA